GGAGCCAUACAGUCCUUCGGCUAUAGCCGCACGUGCACCGCUUGGGAUAUCUUCGGUGUGCACACAGGACCAGGGCCUAUGGAUGACUACUGCAGCUUUGGUAUACGAUGUUGCAGUUGAGGCCCACUGCCCGGAUAGAGUCAUGAGGCAGUUCGGUCGACGCCAGUCUUUCCCUGUGUCUUCAGCGUUGGAUCGUGUUCAGCGCCACGAUCAUAGUUUAUCAAGGGCUGGACAUCCUUUCUCGACAAUGUGGGUCACUAGAUUACAACCAUGGGUGGCUGCGUGGGAUGGUGCAGGCGAGCAGUUGGCUGAGGAUACCGGUCCACACACUGAGCCUUUGUUUCGGGCGUACCUGACCUGGUAUGAACCGAAGACUCGUUGCCGUUUGACGUAUGUUGACAUGCAUCCACAGCCGCAUGUUGCGACUUCGCAUGAUCGCUAUGCACGACAUAGGGAUGAGGCAUUAGCUGGGGCGUUCGAGGCCUGUAGGUUGCUUGAACUAGAUUGCUCACUGAAUGUAAUGAGGAUUCAUGGCGGGUCUACGAUGAGCAUGCCGGCACAACUCGAGGCAUGGACCACUCAACGUGAUAGAGCCCGAGGCAUCCUUCAGGCCUUUGGUACGCGGACGGAGUAUGAGGAUUCCUACGGAUCGUCGCAAGCGUCGACGUCGGUCCCUUGUGGUCCCGCAUGGCAGCAGCCUCCCUUAUACCACCGACAGUACGAAGAUAUGGUGUGAUAUUUACCGAUCCGU